CUCUCCGGGUUAAUAUAAACACAGUAAAAAGCCGUAGUGCAGUGCUUAACCUCCUAUGGCGAUCAGAACGUAUGGAAACGCACGCGACUGAUCCACCCAUCCAUUGUUAAUACACGUCGACUCUUUAAACACAGCAUUCCUCGCACGAGCUACUCUACUCUACUACUUUUCCCAGAUCAUUUCUCAGUGCAGUUCUCUAACCUCCUAGGACGUUUCAGUAACCAGUAACAACAAUGGCCACUUUAAGAGCAGCAACACAGCUACGAGGGUUAUACCUGACAGGUGUUCGAACAGCAAGAAGACAUCUUUCAGAAGGCCCAGGUCGAUCAGCCAAUAAGAGGGUGCUGAUUGUUUACGCACAUCAAAGUCCGAAGUCAUUUAACUGUGCGGUGAAGGAUACAGCUGUGAAGGCUCUGACCGAUCAGGGCUGUAAGGUCACUGUGUCUGAUCUCUAUAGCAUGAAAUUUAAAGCUGUAGCAACUGCGGAUGAUAUCAAAGGUAAGCUGGAGAACCCUGAACACUUCUCCUACAAUAGGGAGACUACGCUUGCCUGGAAGGAGGGAAGACUGACUGAUGAUAUCAAAGAGGAGCAGCGUAAAGUGGAGCAGGCUGAUCUCAUCAUCUUCCAGUUUCCAGUUUACUGGUUCAGCAUCCCCGCUAUAAUGAAAGGCUGGAUGGACAGGGUGCUUACUUCCGGAUUUGCCUACACUAUAGAGAACCUGUACGACAAUGGCAUGUUCAAGAAUAAAAAGGCCAUGUUGUCAUUCACUACUGGAGGAACUGACACAAUGUACCUGCCAGACGGUCUUAAUGGAGACAUCAAUGUUUUACUGUGGCCCCUACAGAAUGGAAUUCUACGCUUCUGCGGUUUUCAGGUUCUGGCCCCUCAGAUCUUCUGGAGUCCUGCACACACUCCUGCUGAUGUGAGAGCGACCUUGUUGGAGGGGUGGAAGAGCAGGUUGCAAGGGAUCAUGAACGAAAAGCCGCUAUCCUUCGCACCCACUGAGCUUUUUGAUCUCAGCUUCCAGGCAGGGUUCAGACUCCGGAAGGAUGUGAAGGAAGAGUAUGCCUCUAAACCAUACGGCCUGACCACAGCUCACCAUCUGGGAAAACCACUUCCACCAAACAACCAGACCAAGUCUGAAUGAAGAGCCACCUGA